AUGCAGGUCCUUCUCGCACCGGCGUCGUCCGCAUGGCAAUGGGACCCCAUAGGCUUCUGGGACGAGCCCUUUGCAUCCCUCUUAACCGAUGAAGCACCUGUCGCCGCUACCGUGACUGGUACCGACGGUCUCCCUUCCAUCGCCGCCGCCGGCGGAUCCGCCGCCAAUGGCGCGUUCCUCCCAUCCGUUCAACCCGCGGGCUUCGACAGCAGCCCUCCGGUUUCAACGGUGGGCGGCAGGCCUUGGGGGGGUCCUGAGGGCAGUACCCCCGCCGCCGCCGCCGCCGCUGUCGCGUGGCUCGACUCCGCCAUUGCCGCUGGGGAGGGGGAAUGGUGGCUGCAUGGCGCGGGGAGAGAGGCGCCGGCCGGGGGAGCGGCGGGGGCGUUGGCGCAGCUGGGGAUAGGCGGGGAAAACGAGUUGGGCGGGGUCCCUGCACUGAGCGGCCGCGCCAUUAGGGCGUCAGGGGCGAGUGCGGGUGCGGGGGUGAGUGGGUUUGCGGAUGCGGGUGCGGGUGCGGAUGCGGGUGCGGGUGCGGCGGGUGCGGCGGGUGCGUGUGCGGUGAGCAGAUCGGAUCUUGCAGAGGGUGGUGGUGAUAGGAGUGGAGAAGAGGCUUUGGGCGUGCGCGAUUCAAUAUGUGACAUGAACGAUGCGCUGAGAGAGGGUGUGUGCGGGCAGGACGGGUUAGGGAUGGAGAUGGGCGGCAGUCUAGGAGCUGAUAAGGCAGGAGAGUUAAGGAACGGCUUAGGUCUAGUCAACAGCGUGCGAGUAACAACAGCAGCAGAAACAGCUGCAGCAACAGCAGAGGUGGAAGUAGCAGAGGUGGAAACAGGUGUACGGACGGCAAUGGGUGCGACGACAGAAGCAGCGUCGCCUUUGCCAGUGAUGUCGGUAGCAGGUGCUCAGGCUGCUGCUCUUGGGCCCGGUGGAGCAUGCAGCGAUGCAGAAAUCAAAGACGUGGACACUGGCGAAGGAGCAGCAGCAGCAGCAGCAGCAGCAGCAGCAGCAGCAGCAGCAGCAGCAGCAGGGCCAGCAGCAGCAGCAGCAGCAGCAGCAGAAGCAGCGGCACCAGCGGCGAAGAAGGCAGAACGGUCACUGGCGCGCAGGCUGGCAGCAGCCCUCGGCGAGGACGGCACAGCGAACCACCCCCCCGCCUUCUGCCUUGGCAUCGGCUUCGAGCCGGGAGGAACCUCCUCUGGUGCGUGCAGCAGCGCUGGUGCUGGCGGCACUGACGGCGCUGGCGUUUUUGGCAGUAAUGGCGGUACUGGCAGUGCUGGUGGUGCUGGUGGGCCUGCUGCGGGUGCAGCAGCAGGCGUGUGGAUGGGUGCAGCGCGCAGUGCAUGGAUGGGUGCGAACCGAGCAGCACCUACCGGGUUUGCUUUCUCCUCCCCUGCUGGCUCACCUCCGGUCUCAGUUGCAGCUCCUGUCAUGGGCGCUGGGCUGGGACUAGGCGGGCUGGGUUUAGGCUUGCUGGGACUAGGUGGGCAGGUAUCUGGCGGGCAGGGGUUGGUGGGUGCGGAGGCAGUGGCAAGGCGAGGCUUGCCAUGGGGUGUAGCUGCGCCUGCUGCCAGGGGAGCGCCUCUGGGGACUGCAGCUGCGGCUGUGAGCUGCGGGGAGCUGGGCGCAGCCCUGGGCGCAUUCAUGGGCGGAACCAUUGGCGGAGCCAUGGGCGCAAUGCAGGGAGAGUUAGUAGGUGGCGGGAUGGCUCUUGACUUCUGGAAGCUAGGCACUGGUGGUGCCACGGACAGGCAGGAGGGAGCAGGCAUGGCGCGUGCAGGUGAGGGUGUGGGGGAGGCGGAGCAGCGAGCAGGAGCAGAUGGAGGGAGCAGAGGAGGGGUUGAGAGGGAUGCGGUGCAGUUACAGGGGAGUGGAUGGCACACCCGUGGUUCUUCGCUUCCUCUACAGGAACAGUUGCAGCAGCGACUGCAGCAGCGGCAACAACAGCAGCAACACGGCCAGCAGCAGCAAAAUAUGCAGCAGCAGCAGCAGCAGCAGCAGCAGCAGCAGCAGCAGGAGCGGGAGCGGGAGCAGGAGUGUGAGAGGCAGGGUGAGGAGGAGAGAGAAGAGAUCCGGCAGCAGGUGGUUCGGUUCCGGGGAGCAGCAGGGGGAGUGCAAGCACGAGAGGGCGGCAGCAUUGGCAGCGCUGGUAGUGCCGGCAGCGGUGGCAGUGUGGGCAGGGCGCCGCUAAGCCACCCUGUGAUGGAGCGACUGCUCAUUCUGGGCGAAGCUGUUGCCACCGGCGAGGAUGAGGCGCGCAUAUGGAGUUUGGCGGAGGAGCUGCGGCUGCAUGCGGACAGGCGGGGGGCACCGGAGCAGCGGCUGGUGCACUACGUGCUGGAGGGGCUCAUAGCGCGCGUCAUGGGCGACGGUGCUAAACGCUGGAACACCAACACCGCGCUAUCUGUCAGCGAGGACGUGUUGAGCAAGAUGGCGGACCUGUCAUUUGUGAUGCCGCACCAUCGCUUCAUGGUGGUGGCGUGCAAUGCAGCCAUAGUGGAGGCAGUGCGGCACCACCCCAUCGUGCACGUGGUGGACAUCGGCUGGUGGUUCGCUGGCCAGUGGCCCGGCUUCAUUGCAGCGCUAGGGACUCUCCCCGGCCCCAAGCCUCUUCUCAAGUUCACCAAGGUGGACACCCCGCCCUCCAUGUGCCCGGAGCGAAACUUUUCCCAGCUGCCCACGGACCACUGCCAGGACAUGUUGGAGCGGGCAGCAGCAGCAGCGGGCAUCCGCCUGGUCUUCCAAGCAGUCGAGUGCUCUCUCGAUCGCCUCGACCGCCGCAUUCUCGGCCUCGACCCGCUCUCCCCCGCCGCUGCCGCCAGGUGCCUCAGCAGCAGCAGUGGCAACAGCAGCGGCAGCGGCAGCGGCGGUGGUGGCGGGGGCGGGGGAGACGGCACGUGCAGCAACCAGUCGGGCACCGCGCACCGGCCCCACAAGCACCAGCGCCACUCGUCCGCGACACUGCCGAUAGCCGGAGCGGCGGAUGUGAGGCAGGUGUUAUCGGCGGUGGAAGCAGGGAGGGGGGCAGGGGACGAGGUGCUGGUGGUGAAUGGCAUCAUGCGCUUGCACACGCUGCCUAGUGGGUCCGUGGUGCGGCACUCCCCGCGCGACGCUGCUCUGCGUGCCAUCCGCAGGCUGAACCCGCAUGCAGUGGUGCUGGGAGAGAGACACGUGGACCACGACGGGCCCUUCUUCCUGCGCCGCAUGGCCGACGCCCUCCCCUGGUACCUCUCCGUGUUUGAAUCCCUCGAAGCCGGCCUCGUCCCGCGCGUGCAGGCAUCACGAGAUGUCUUCGAGCAGGUGGUGAUCGGCCGGGACCUUGUGAAUGUGAUAGCGUGUGAGGGGGCGCUGAGGGUGGUGCGAUCGGAGCCGCUGGGGAAGUGGAACUGGCGCAUGGGCGAGGCAGGGUUUGCAGCAGUGCCGUACCCGGCGCGGGCGCGCGUGCAGGUGGAGACGGUGAUGGUAAGGUAUCCUGCAGAUUUUGGCGUGGAGGAUGAAGAGGGGAGCCUGCUGCUGACAUGGAAAGGGCAGCCCAUGAUGGGGGUGGGGGUGUGGCGUGUGGCGCGGUGA